CUUUUAGUUCAUCUGUUAACUCGGUUGGUGAAUUCUGAGUCCCAAAAAAGUUUUUAAGUGGUUCCUGUGGCUUCAAGCAACAGCUAACUACGCAAACAGAAUAAAAGUCAUCUGAAUCCGAAAACACCGCGCCAAUUCGAAACUAUGAACCCUAACAAAUUCCCUUUUGUUUCAUCGUUGAUCAUCACUGCCUUCUUGCUGUUCGCCACUUUCGAUUUCGGGGUUUGCAGAGUUGAAAAAGGUAUGAUAAGGUCACAAAAGCUAGGCGGAGUUCGUGAUAUCACGGAACAAGGCCUAAACGGGGUCGAGAUAGAAACCCUCGCUCGAUACGCUGUCGAAGAACACAACAAAAAAGAGAACUCCAUUCUCAAGUUUUCUAGAUUGAUAAAGGCCAAAGAGCAGGUGGUGGCUGGUAAGAUGUACUAUCUCACAUUAGAGGCAACGGAUGCUGUUGGAAAGAUAAAAGCAUACGAAACUAAAGUUUGGGUGAAACCUUGGAUUAACUUCAAGCAGAUGCAAGAAUUUAAGCAGGAAAACAGCAAUCUGUUUGUAGGAAGGUCUCAAUUGAGGCCUUAUUUGGAUAUAUCAGGAAAACAGCGAUUUGUUUGUCUGGAGGUCCCACAUAACAUACCUUUCAAAGUCAUCUUCUUAGGGAACAAAUGAACAUCUUGGCCCUAUGUGGAUAUAUGAAGUGACUAAUCUUUCCCUUUUUGUCAACAAUUUUUAGUGACUUGACUUUGUCUUGUAAUGUUUAGUUGUUGUUUAUUCAUUUUAAACUGUCAUCACGUGUGCAUGAUUAGAAACAUAGCUAUCAUUCUCACCUAAUUACUAUUUACUAGUCUUUCAUUAUAGUGCCCAAGAAGUAGA